GGCGGAUGUGUUCUAUCCAAAACAAAGUUUCAAGUAGAAAGACAUUCCUCCUUUUACUGGAUAUAGAGGAAAACUGCAUUAUAACGUCAAGCCGGAGCUUUUGAGCUAUGCGUCUAUCGUACUGCUUGUGUGGUAGGAUUACUGCUAAACUAUUUUUAGUGUGUGUCUUGAUCUCACUGACGACUUGGUACGUCUCGUGGAGUAAUUGCCCGAAAGCAAGUCCGUUAUCAACUAUACCGAAGGAGGACGACCAGUCGAACCCAGACCCACAAAUAUACUGUGCUGAUCUUGUUUCGGCAGCACUGAGGGAAAGGGAAGAUCAAGAGUAUGCCGAUCGCAAGGAACGGGAAGAAAAAAUCCGYGAUAACUGCCCAAAGAGCGUACCGUACGAGACGAUUGAUGUGAUUGUGAAUGGAGGAGAAAAGAAAAUCGAAGGCAGAAUAGAUCUUGAUAAAAAUGAGCCCUAUGUUCCAUUUUCCUUCGUUAAAAAUUAUUUUGAAAUCUACGGUGGUAUGCAAAAGUUCGACAAGCACCGUAUUUUAGAAUGGCGUCAUUCGUACUCUGAAAUACAUGAAACCAAACAUAAAUAUGAUCCUAAGGGAGCGUUCCUUUGGUUUCAAGGAUACCAUGUGGAGGGAAGACAACGAGUUUUGUGUAUUAGUGGGAAAGAAGAAGUUCCUGUAUCCUCACAGUGGAACCCAAAAGGACAUUUUUAUCCAAUACAAAUAGCUCAGUACGGUCUUUCGCAUUAUAGUAUGAUGCAGGUGGAAGGAAAAUCCCGUGGAAAGACGAGGAUAUUUGAGGAUGCUGAAGCUGAAGACCAUAACUGGAUUGCUAACGACCCUAAUGAAGUGCAAGCAGUUUAUGACAAGGAAAGGGAGACUAGAGUAAUACAAUUCUUCACUCCAGAACUUGACGGCGAGGGCAUCUCCCUUCACAUAGACAGUUCAAACAAGGAAUACGUGUUGUCUUUCGAUUUGAAGAUUCUUGACAGUGGACGUGUGGCAGUCACCUUAGAAACCAAUAACAUCAAACAACACGUGAUUAAUUAUUCCACUGAUAACAAGUUGAUUGAAGUGAAAAACAAUGCCAUAUUCAUGGGUUUGGGAAACCAAGAUGGUUGGCGUCGAAUCACAAGGAAUCUAGACACAGAUUUAAGAAAAGGUCUCAAACUUAUGGAUUCAAAAUUCAAAAAAUCAAACAUAAAGGUAGUUAUCACAGAAAUUCAAAGUAUCGUAGUCUAUGGCAAAGGUUUGAUUGACAAUGUCACUCUAAGUCGUACUGCUCGACUCGACUUUUUUAUGGCAGCCGCUGAUUGGUUUGUUCGAAACCAAAAUGACAAUGGUGGCUGGCCAAUCACUGUAAAGAGGAAAAUUCUAGAAGGAGUUGAAAUUAAGCCAGGUUGGUAUUCGGCUAUGGCACAAGGUCAAGGAAUGUCAUUGCUCACGCGAGCUUACUAUCACACCAAAAAUAUUUCAUAUCUCAAUGCCGCUUUAAAGGCAACAUCGGUUUUUAAAAUAUCGUCUGAAGACAAUGGAGUACGAGCUACUUUUAUGGACAAAUACCACUGGUACGAAGAGUACCCGACCACACCUUCCCUAUAUGUACUCAACGGCUUCAUAUAUUCAUUGCUUGGUUUAUAUGAUUUGACUUUAGCAGCACCAGCUGAACAAAGAGAAGAAGCAGCAGUGCUAUUCAGGGACGGAAUGAGGUCUCUUAGGAACAUGCUUCUAAUGUUUGAUGCAGGUUCAGGGACGUUUUAUGAUCUUAGGCACAUAUCUAUGCGAGCCGCUCCUAAUUUAGCCCGUUGGGACUACCAUACUCUUCAUGUUAGCUUAUUAAUGUUUCUUACAAGUAGUGGUAUUGAUAAUGAUCCAAUCUUUAAAGCAACUAGUGCAAGAUGGGCAGGUUAUACCAAAGGAAAGAGAGCUAAACACAAUUAGACACCAUAACGCGAAAUCGAAUGACAACCAUUCUGUUUWGUGUACAUGUAUUGCUAUGUUCAUUCAUCAGUKAAUAUGGCUGUGUCACUCGCAUCCCAAGAAGAAUGAAGCACUGAUUUUGGAUAAAAAGCAUAAGCUAAUAAUUUAAAUCUAAUUUCGAAAAAAUCGGAUUUGUGGUUUCGAAAACRAGAAAUAUGAAAGCAGACAGCCCAAAAGAAAAAAGGRCGUAUUCAAUACAUUUUGUUGGCAGUGAUUUGCAACAAGUUUGACUUUAUCAGUUCAGUUGUAAGUUGUUCGCAGGGUAUUAAUUACAUGACCUUUUACUGAGGUCAAAUUUAGAUUUCUAUCGUUUUGACUCGUUGCAGAGAGCAGUCAAAAAGAAUAUCGUAUCGUGUGAAUAAACGGUUUUGAACAGUACAUUAAUUAAAGUGAAAGAAACUCA